AUGUCGAAUGAAUUGCCGAGGAAAAAGAGUUUUGUGACACGGAUUACCGGACAAAAAUGGACGAGAUUUCAUGUUCGAGUGUUUAUUCAUACAUUUAUCAUCUACGUCCUGUUCCAUGCCGCUCGUAAAACUCUUUCCACUGUCAAACCAUCUCUUAUCAAUGUUUGGACCAGCAACAUUUCCACCCCAGAUGGCCCACUUUUCGAAUCGAAACAAGCCGCUACAGAGUUCCUCGGAGCACUGGAUACCGGGUUUAUGAUCACUUAUGCCAUUGGACUUUACAUCUGUGGAUACCUCGGAGACCACUACAAUCCCCGUCGAAUCCUGGCUCUUGGAAUGGCUCUUUCAGCCACUUCCGUCUUCACAUUUGGAUUUGUGACAGAGACAUUACACUUCUAUUCUGCACCUCUUUAUGCAAUUCUCUGGAUUUCCAAUGGAUUCUUCCAAUCUGUUGGAUGGCCUUUAGUCGUCUGUAUAAUGGGAAGUUGGUUUGGAAAAACAGCAAGAGGAACAGUGAUUGGAGCAUGGUCAACAAAUGCAAGUUUUGGAAAUAUUCUAGCUUCAUUAGUUGCAAGUUCUACUGUGGAUAUCGGAUAUCAAUGGCCUUUUCUAAUAAUUUGUUCUGCUCUAUUUGCCUACAGUAUUCUCAUUUUCUUCCACUUACCAUCUGCCCCAUGGGAAGUUGAGAAAGAGAUGAGAGAAGAUGAAGAGAAAGAAGGAAGUGGAAUUGAGAAGAAGAUAGAAUCAAGAGAAGAAUCCGAGAGACCUCCUCCAUUGGGUUUCUUCAGAGCAUGGUUGCUACCAGGUGUUAUUGCUUUCGCUAUCUCAUAUCUUUGUCUGAAACUUGUCAACGACGGUUUCUUCUUCUGGCUUCCAUUUUAUCUACACAACGGUCUUAACUGGCCAGAGUCCACAGCAGAUGGGUUAGCAGUUUGGUAUGAUGUUGGAGGUAUUGUCUCUUCGAUUAUUGCAGGAGCGCUUUCGGAUCGGAUGAAGUCAAGAACUAUCAUCGUUUUUGUCAUGCUUCUUUUCUCUACAGUAACCCUGCUGGCUUAUGCUCACUCUCCUGUAUCCUAUUUCUGGAAUGCUUUCAUCCUCCUCAUUGUUGGAUUCUUUAUCGGUGGUCCAUUGAACAUGAUCGCCGGUUGUAUCACUUCGGACCUUGGCAAAUCUGAAGUACUUCGUGGAAAUGCGGAGGCAUUGUCUACAGUAACCGGUAUAAUUGAUGGAACUGGAAGUGUUGGAUCAGCAAUUGGGCAGUGGUUGAUUCCAUUAGUAAGGAAUUGGUUUGGAUGGGAUGCCAUUUUCUACGGGUUUAUUAUUAUGGUUGUAUUAUCUGCUCUCUGCAUUUCACCAGUUCUUUGGAGAGAGCGGAAAGAAAACAAACAACAAAAGGUCUCUCAAAAAAGUGAUGAUGAACAACACAAAAUGGAAUUGAAUAAUUGUUAA